AUGUUUAUCUUUGUUAAAUUCAGGCUUAGAGCAAGAAUUGAAGUUAAUUCUUAUGAUACGAUUCUACAAGUCAAAAAUAAAAUCAAAGCACUCCAUGAUAUUGAUGUAAACAAACAAUUAUUACACCUUGGAAGCCAAAGACUUGAGAAUGAAAGGACUAUAAACGAUUAUAACAUUAAAGAAAAUGAUCAAAUUAGACUCACUCUUAUCGUUACUGGUGGCAUUCAAAUAUUUGUUGAAGAUUUAGACGGAAGAACAACUUCUCUUCAAGUGCAGUCUUCAUAUACCAUUAAAAAAGUUAAAGAAUUAUAUUAUGAAAGAAAUGGAUUAGAAGUAGGUAAACAAAGAUAUAUCUUUGGAGGUCAACCACUCUUAGAUGACAGAACACUGUCGAGUUAUAAUAUUAAGACAAGAAAUACCAUAAAUCUUGUUUAUAGAUUAGUUGGUGGUAUUUUUUAA